UUCUUGGACAAACACCCAGUGGGGGUCGAGGUGGAGCUCCUCAGACUAUAAAACCUUCUGGAGGAGGAUCAGACCACUGGAGAACUUCAGUCCUGGCUGUCCGCACAUUCACCUCUAAACUCUGGAUUUUCACCUCCAGUCCUCGGUUAAAUUUCUGCCAAGAUGUCCAGAAACCUGCAGCUGCUCUGUUUGUGUUUGUUCUUCUGCUGGACCGAGGCUCGGAUCUGGGCCUGGAUGCUGAACAUGCCUCACAGUCCUCCUAGAGAAGGAGGAAGAACCCUGAGAGAAAGUCCUGCAGUCACACCUCUCACAGCUGUCUGUGAACACGACAGAGUUUGUGGUCGAGGGUUUUCUUGCGACCGCCACUUCGGUCUGUGUGUUCCUCUGAGAGCUGAAGGUUUUUACUGCCGGAGGGAUUCCCAGUGUGUCCGAGGACUCAGCUGCAUGUUUGGGAAAUGUCACCGUAGCGUUCCCACCGGACAGGAGGGUUCCAGGUGUAAGGUGGACAGGGACUGUGGUCCGUCCAUGUGCUGUGCUCGGCAUCAUGGAGAGCUGGUCUGUAAAAGACGUCUGGUGGACGGAGAGUCCUGCUUCAUUCCUGAUGGAGGUUUGGCCUUCAGCAUCAACCAGAUCUGUCCCUGUGAUGAAGGUUUACUGUGUCGGGAAAAUGCUGGGAAACACCGCAGAGAGUGAGUACCUCUGGUGGAGCUUUCACCUGACGUUAUUUAACUUAUCUAGUCUCAAAAUGUAGUAAAACAACUUUCACAACAUUCAACCCUCUGAAACCAAAGCUUUUUAAUCAAAUAUUUGGAUUCCAGCAUCAAAAGUGGAAGUGAGACGCUGUGCAACAAAAGUAACCAUCCUGGUGGAACAUGGGCAGACAUCCAUGGUGUAUUGUACAUAUAUUGUACAUCAAAAUAUAUAAUACAGGUGUGUGUGUGUGUGUGUGUGUGUGUGUGUGUGUGUGUGUGUGUGUGUGUGUGUGUGUGUGUGUGUGUGUGUGUGUGUGUGUAUAUAUAUGUAUGUCUCCUUGUUUUCAGUUUCUUGUUCAUUUUAAUGCCUGGUAUAUAUAUAAUGAUAACAAAAAUAUCUGAUAAGAGUUUAAUUUCAGAGCUGAUAUCAGACAUUUUCCAUGGUUUUCUUGAUCAUAACCAGAAUCCCUUCAGUUCUUCCAUCAAUAGCUAUGGCAUUGUUCUGCCAAAAACAGCUUUUAGGAUUCCAUGUUUUCUUUUCUGUCUGCUUUAGUCACAUGAUCCAUACAGGAGUUAGUCUUCAUGCUCUCCACCAGCUUCUGACAUUGUUCUGCUGCCACAGCAGCUCAUUCCUGUUGCACUAAUUCUAACUAACCUGCUUUGUUUUUGGGCUUGUGGUUCUCCAUUUUGCGUUUGAUGAUUUUCCACAGGUGUUCAGUUGGAUUGAGGUUGAGCAGGCCAACGCAUGGUUCCAAUGUUCUGCUUCUCCAUCCAGGCUUUAACUGACCUUGUAAAGUAACCAGCUUUCCUCUGCCUUUCCUUGAUGAAGGGCUUCUUCCUGCCCUGUGUGACUUCAGACCAGCUUCAACAAGUCGGUUUCCAACAGUCCAAGUCACAUUUCUCCACAGUACCCACUAAUUUUUAGGUCCCUGGAGGUCUGAGGAUGAUUCCUGAUACAGAAACACAUGAGUGACGGUCAUCUGAUGGGGUAGAAAGAUGUUUCCUGCUGCGACCAGCUAGCAGUUUGGUAGAACCAUGUUGGGCUUGUUUUUUCUUGGUGUAUUGAACGGCUGUCUUGGAGAUCUUCAGUUUUUUGGCUACCUGUCUCUCACUCAUGCCAGUUUCCAGCAGUACCAAGAUGGCUGCCUUUGUGGCUUCACAUAAUUCUUUAGUUUUAGGCAUUAUGUGAGCUGACAACUUCUGAGUUGUGCUACUACUUGAAUGUAAGCAGGAAACCACUCUAGGCCUUUGCAUGUGCAGUGCUGAUGAUGACAUGAAAUGUCCUCUUAUAUACUCUGGAAUACAAUGAAGCUGAAGCAUGUCAGAUAGGACAUAAAGUAUGAUGGAAUCAGCUGCAUUUUUAGUCGUGUUCAUUGUAUUCUUCAGGUAAUAUACCUUUAGUGGUACCAGGCAUUGAAAUGAACAGCUAAUUGAAGAAAACAAGGCUGGUCUAAUAAGUUUUUCCAUGACUGUGUUCAACUAAAACUAAAGCUACAGGAACCUACAUGUCUGAUCUCCUUGUGGGACGUGUUUUAAAUCUUCUUUAAAUAUAUUCUAUUUAUUAGUUUUUAAAGUCUAAACCUCAGUUUGUU